GUUUUCGUGAUGUACCAAAUAAAGAUACUAUGACUUGUGGUAUGUUCAAGGUUUGGAAAAAAGAAUUCGAGGAUUUAUGGGAUAACUUUCGCACAGUGUAUGCAAUAUGUUUAAAUAAUGAGGAUAAAAGCAAAAUACAAUUCAGUAUCACUAAAUUAUUUCAGUACAGUAGGUAGUAUUAUAGAUAAAAUUGAGAUGGGUACAAGUAGUAAAAAUAAGGAAACCGAAAUUAAAGAAGAUUUAAAACAUUCUCAAAUAUCUGAGUCCACUAAACAAGAUUUUGGAAUUAAAGUUCCACCUUGCGACGUUGAAUGUUUUGAGGGUGAUUACAAAUCUUGGCCUACAUUUCGUGACAUGUUCACAUCUAUUUAUGCAAACCAUCCCCGUUUAAGUGAUGUAGAAAAACUAUACCAUCUACGCUUAAAAACCAAAAAGGAAGCUCAUGAUAUUGUCGACAAAUUUUCACUCACUGCAGAUAAUUUUACUCUUGCGUGGGAAGCUUUAAAAUCCCAGUAUGAAAAUAAAAGGAUCUUAAUUAAUACUCAACUUAAAAUACUUUUUUCAAUUCCAUCGAUUACUAUUGAAAGUGGAUCUGCCUUAAGAAAAUUACAUAGAACCGUGCGCGAUUGCUUAGGGAUUCUUUCAAGUCUUAGCGUUAAGACUGAAAAUUGGGAUCCGAUUUUAGUUUUUCUUGUUUCGCAAAAGAUACCUGAAAAUACUUUGUUCCUUUUUGAACAAAGUUUGAAAACAGAAACAGAAGUUCCAACCUGGCAAUCCUUGGAGGAUUUUCUCGCUUCCAGAUAUAAAAUUCUUGAAUCUGUGGAAGAAGUAACGCAAUGCUCCCGUAAGAAGGCUAAUCACAUUUCAAAUUCAAAUUCCAAUUUUAAGAAAGUUAACUCAUUUCAUUCCGCAGAAAAGAGUUUUUGUUGUAAAAUAUGCAACAGUAAUCAUCCCUUGCGUUUAUGUAAGAAAUUUUCAGACAUGGAUGUCACAUCUCGACGUAAGCUAGCUCAAUCCCAAAAGUACUGCUACAACUGUCUUGCGCUCACACAUUCGGUAUACGAAUGUAAAAGUAAAGUGUCCUGUGACAAAUGUGGUAAACGACACCAUAGUUUACUGCACUUUACUUCACAAAAACCCACCCCUCCCGAUACAAGAUCUUAUUGGCAACCCAACACUUCUUUAAGUACCAUUCCCAUACAGUCCACUUCUAUUACUCAGCAACAACCAUCCAUUAGUUCAGGAAAAGAUGUUUCAUCUGAUUCUUCAACUCUUCAAAGUUUUCUGGUAAACCAGAAAAGGAAUAUUUUGUUAGCAACAGCUUUGGUUAAAAUUACUGCUCAUAACCAAACAUUUCUCCUGAGAGCUUUGAUCGACCCUGGUUCUGAAGCUACAUACAUUUUGCAAUCUGUAGUGAACCGAUUUAAGCUUUUCACCCGUUCAACCAAUGCGUCUAUUUGUGGCAUUGGAGAAGUUCAAAGUGAAUUUUCAACGAGUAUGUGUCCUCUCACUCUCGAAUCUCGCAUCAACCCUGAUGUACACAUUCCCAUUGCAGCUGUUGUUUUGAAAAAGCUGACAGGUAAUUUGCCAUCGCAGACUGUUGACGCAUCAAACUUGGUUGAGCUCAAAAGAUUGCGAUUGGCAGAUCCUAAUUUUGAUAAACCCGCUUCUAUAGAUAUGUUGAUAGGAGCAGAUAUUUACCCUCUUAUUUUAUGUGAAGGUAUAAAGAGAGAAAAAGACCUUUCUCCAAUUGCACAAAAUACGGUUUUUGGGUGGAUUAUUUCAGGCCCAUGUAAUGAAAACCCAAACAAAACAACCCUUAAUACAUUUUUUAUUAGACUUUUGCUUCUAAAACAAGUUCAAAGGUUUUGGGAACUCGAAGAGGUUCCAUAUGUCAAACCCUUAUCUGAUGAAGAUAAAUUUUGUGAAAAAUUGUAUGUGGAUACCACAACUCGAAAUAGAGAUGGUCGUUAUAUAGUGAAACUUCCAUUCAAGCCCAACUUUAACGUUUUAGAUUUGGGUCUUUCCAGAAAUAGUGCAGUUUCUCAGUAUCUGCGACAAGAGAAACGUCUUCUUAACGAUAUGUGUCUGAAAGAAGAAUACAACAAAGUUCUAAAGGAAUAUGUUUCGUUAAAACACAUGUCCUUUGUGCCACCAUGUAGUUUGAACCUUUCCAGUCCGCACUUUUACCUACCGCAUCACGCUGUGGUAAAACCAGAUAGCGCUUCGACAAAGGUAAGAGUUGUGUUCAAUGCAAGUGCAUCUACACACAAAGAAAUAAGUCUUAACGACAUUCUUUACAGUGGCCCUGCUUUGCAAAACGAUUUGCAAACUAUUUUGUUAAGAUGGCGAUUAUAUCCAUAUGUUUUCAAUAGCGAUAUUGAAAAGAUGUAUCGCCAAAUAUAUGUUCACCCGAGUCAUCGAAAAUUCCAAAGGAUUAUCUGUCGAUCUUUUGAGUCAGAAUCAGAUUUGGCUGAUUUUGAAAUCAACCGAGUUACUUUUGGAGUUAACUGUGCUCCAUACUUAGCAAUCCGAACGUUGCACCAGCUUGCUUUGGACGAAGAAAAUAAAUAUCCCUUAGCAAAAGAAGUGGUGCUUUCGGAUUUUUACGUUGAUGAUGUUUUCUCUGGAGGUUUCAGUCUGGAUCUAGUCUUCAAGAUUCAGGAAGAAUUGAAAGCACUUCUUUUGACUGGCGGAUUUAGUUUGAAGAAAUGGACCGCUAACCACCCUCGCUUGUUGGAAAACAUCCCUAGGGGGGAUGUUUUAGAUCAACACUUUCUUAUGUUCGAAGAGUCUUCACAUUCGAAAGUUCUGGGCGUUGGGUGGAAUGCGAGGGAAGAUUCAUUUUAUAUUCGUUGUGAACUAUUUCCUCUACCAGAUUCUGUUAUGACAAAACGUGAAUUGUUUUCAAAUAUUUCAAAAAUAUAUGACCCUAUCGGUUGGCUAGCACCAACAACAAUUUUAUUAAAAAUAUUGAUGCAAGAUGUCUGGAAAGACAAAACAGAGUGGGAUGGGCCCAUAAAACCCAAUCGUGUAGAAACUUGGAAAGAAUUUGUGAAAUCUUUUCCAAUUAUAAAAGAUAUUAAAAUCCAAAGAUGGAUUAAUUAUACCCCAGAUAUGUGUGUAGAAAUACACGGCUUUUGUGACGCAUCUCUCAGUGCGUACGCUGCCACCGUUUACUCAAGGAUUUCAGAUUCAUCUGGAAACGUUUUUAGUUACCUUCUUACCUCAAAAACGAAAGUAGCUCCCCUGAAAGCUAUUUCGAUACCUCGACUAGAGCUUUGUGGAGCUCUUUUGCUAACCAAGUUAGUAAACGCUGUACAAAGCAGUCUACGCCUUAAAAACUGUCCUGUCUACCUUUGGACGGACUCGAUGAUUGUACUUUAUUGGCUUCGUGACUGUCCAUCUCGGCUUGAAACCUUUGUCCGAAACCGGGUGUCUAAAGUACAAACUGAAAGUCCUCCAGGUAGCCUUUGGAAACAUGUUCCUUCAGAACAAAAUCCAGCUGACGUAGCUUCUCGAGGUGUUAUGCCUCAAAACUUAAUAAAUAAUACCCAAUGGUGGCACGGUCCAAGUUGGUUAAAGUUUUCAAAGGAAACUUGGCCAGUAACAAAAAUUCAAGAGGGCUCCGAUUGGAAUCUUGAAAUAAAACAAAUAAAAAGCUUCGUGUGCAUCAAAAUUUCAGUCAUGAUAUUUUGAAA